AACUCGAACCUCCACAAUGUCGACGGCCACCGUAUCCCCGACUACAGUCGCAUUGCCCACGACAACACUCCCGAAGAAGAAGAAUACAGCACAUGUGCACCCUCUCACGUCUCUNGUAUCACAUACCCUUUCGAGUAUGCCAAAACCAGCAGUCAAUUGCGAUCCCAAGGAAAACAAGCCAGCGCUUUCCAAGCACUGCGUGGUGUAGUGGCAACCCAAGGACUAUCGGGCAUCUACACUGGUUGUAGUGCUUUGAUUGUUGGUACUGCACUCAAAGCCGGCGUUCGCUUUCUCGCAUUUGAUACCAUCAAAGCUCAACUUGCAGACGAGAAUGGAAAAUUGUCAACAUCCGGUGGUAUCUUGGCUGGAAGUGUAGCAGGAGCUGUGGAAAGUGUCCUCGCUGUGACGCCGACUGAGCGAAUCAAGACCGCUCUGAUUGAUGAUGGCAAAGGCGCCAAACGAUUUCGAUCGACUCCUCAUGCGGUUAGUAUCCUGAUACGCGAACAAGGCGUCGCGGGAUUGUAUCGCGGCCUAGUGAGCACCACCAUCAAGCAAUCAGCCACUUCAGCAGUCAGAAUGGGGUCAUACAACACACUGAAAACCCAGUACGCAAGCUACAUCGGACAUGCGCCAAAGACAACGCCAGAAACAUUUGCCGUCGGUGCAUGCGCAGGAUUGAUUACUGUGUAUGCAACUCAACCAUUCGACACAAUCAAGACUCGUACACAAAGUAGUCAAGGCGAGACGCUCGUACGAGCCAUGAGGGGAGUUUGGAGUGAUGGCGGUGUCCGUGGAUUUUGGAAGGGAAGCGGCCCGAGACUUGGUAGACUUCUUCUCUCGGGUGGAAUCGUCUUUUCAGUGUAUGAGAGGAUAUUGAGCUUCUUGUCUUGA